AUGUACAACAAAUACGGUGAAAAUGCAGGCAAACAAAAUACUUUUGGAAUCACCGAUAAUGAUGAAUAUAUGAGCACCAAAUCAGCAGAACAGAGCUAUAGAACAUCCAGAGAGAAUGACAGCAUAGAUUCAAAAUAUGGAUUUGAUCGUGUUAAGGAUUAUAACGAGCGAACUGGAUAUUUAAUUAACAUGCAUUCUACAGAGAUUCUUGAUCAGGAUCGUCGCUUAGUUUCUGCAUUAGAUCUGUAUUUCAUCACAAUGAAUGCAUCAAGAUUCAAGGUAUCUGUUGUCUAUCAGCCAUACUUUCUAGUUCUACCUCAACAGCAACAGAUCCAUGAAGUGCUUACGUAUCUGCAGAGAAAGUAUGGAGGCAAUGCUGCAAAAAUAGAAAUAAUUGAGAAAGAAGAUUUAGACAUGCCUAAUCAUUUGAUUGGAAUUAAGCAUCAAGUCAUCAAAAUGUCAUUUUACAAUACAACAGUCAUGAAUAAGAUUCGUUUAGAAAUCAAUCGUUCUGUGAAGAAGAAUAAGGAACGAGAAAAGAGCAAUACUUUCUAUAUGAAGAUGCUAUCAAUGUCAUUAACUGGAAAUGCCUCAACAGAAGCAAAUCAAGACUUUCUAGACUUUAUUAUGGAUAUUCGUGAGCAUGACGUUCCUUAUCAUGUCCGCGUUUCAAUUGAUUUACAGAUAUUUUGUGGAUUAUGGUACAAUAUUAAAUGUAAAGGAGGCUCAGAAUUGCCAUCUAUUACUCAACGUCCUGAUAUCCUCGAUCGACCUGAUCCAAUUGUUUUAGCCUAUGAUAUUGAGACAACAAAAUUGCCUUUAAAGUUCCCAGACGCACAAACUGAUCAAAUUAUGAUGAUUUCCUACAUGAUUGAUGGACAAGGAUAUUUAAUCACAAAUCGUGAAAUUGUCUCGAAAGAUGUUGAUGAUUUUGAAUACACACCAAAGCCUGAAUUUGAAGGACUUUUCAUAGUUUUUAAUGAGCCAAAUGAAUUGGGAUUAAUUCAGCGAUUCUUUGAUCACAUUUUAGAAGUUCGUCCACACAUUAUGGUUAGCUAUAAUGGUGACUUUUUCGAUUGGCCUUUCGUAGAGACUCGUGCUGCAUUUUAUGAUUUAGACAUGAAAAGAGAAAUUGGAUAUAGUAAGAAUCGUGAUGGAAAUUAUAUCUCAAGACCAAGCAUGCAUAUGGAUUGUUUUUGCUGGGUAAAACGAGAUUCUUAUUUGCCUGUUGGUUCGCAAGGCUUAAAGGCUGUAGCCAAAUCAAAACUUGGUUAUAAUCCAGUCGAACUUGAUCCCGAAGAAAUGUGCAAAAAGGCUGUUGAAUCUCCACAGGAACUUGCUAGUUACUCAGUUUCUGAUGCUGUUGCUACUUACUAUUUAUACAUGAAGUAUGUCCAUCCUUUUAUAUUUGCCUUAGCAACAAUCAUUCCAAUGGAACCAGACGAAGUUUUGCGUAAAGGAUCUGGUACACUUUGUGAAUCGUUACUGAUGAAGGAAGCUUUUCAUGCUAAUAUAAUCUUUCCAAAUAAGGAACAAGCAGAAUUAAAUAAAUUAACAGAUGAUGGUCAUGUGCUUGAUACUGAAACUUAUGUUGGUGGACAUGUAGAAGCACUUGAAUCUGGCGUGUUUCGUGCUGAUCUUCCUUAUCGUUUUCGACUUGACUGUGGAAUGUUGCAGGAAUUAAAAGAUAAAGUUGGUCACGUUCUUAAACAUGCUCUAGAAGUUGAGGAAAAUAUUCCACUUUCGGAAGUUAAUAAUUUUGAUGAAGUUGUGAAGGAAAUUCAAGCAGCUUUACAAAGUUUACACGAUACACCAGUUCGAGUCGAAAAACCUGUAAUUUAUCACUUGGAUGUAGGUGCUAUGUACCCGAAUAUUAUUCUUACUAAUCGUCUCCAACCGUCGGCUAUGGUAACUGAGCAAGAUUGUGCUGCUUGUGACUUUAAUAAGCCUGAUGCUGAAUGUAAAAGAAAAAUGGAUUGGCUAUGGAGAGGUGAAAUGCUUCCAGCAACUAGAAGCGAGUUUCAACGAAUCCAGCAGCAACUAGAGACUGAAAAGUUUCCACCACUUUUUCCAGGCGGUCCAAAUCGUGCAUUUCACGAAUUAUCAAGAGAAGAUCGAGCAGCAAUUGAGAAGAAACGUUUAAGUGAUUAUUGUCGUAAAGCUUAUAAGAAAACAAAAGUCACAAAAUUAGAAACAAGAACUUCCACAAUUUGUCAGAUGGAAAACAGCUUUUAUGUAGACACAGUAAGAGCAUUUCGUGAUCGUCGUUAUGAGUAUAAAGGAUUAACAAAAGUAGCGAAAUCUGAAGUUACAAAAGCUGUAAAGUCCGGAGACGCGAGUGAAAUUAAAGCAGCUAAAGGACGUGAAAUUCUCUAUGAUUCUCUUCAGUUAGCUCACAAGUGUAUUCUUAAUUCUUUCUAUGGAUAUGUCAUGAGAAAAGGUGCUCGUUGGCACAGCAUGCAAAUGGGUGGAAUUGUAUGUCUUACUGGUUCGAAUAUUAUUACAAAGGCACGAGAAGUUAUUGAGAAAGUUGGACGUCCUUUAGAAUUAGACACUGAUGGAAUUUGGUGUAUAUUGCCUGGCACAUUUCCACAAGAUUUUGAAGUUCAAACAAAUCUGCCUAAAAAGUCUAAAAUCACAGUCAGCUACCCAAAUGCUGUUCUUAAUACAAUGGUUAAAGAUCACUUUACAAAUGAUCAAUAUCAUAAUCUUGACAAGCCAGCUGCUAAUGGACAACAACCAGAAUAUUCAAUUAAGCCUGAAAAUUCAAUUUUCUUUGAAGUUGAUGGACCUUAUCUUGCAAUGGUACUUCCAGCAGCAAAGGAAGAAGGUAAAAAGUUGAAAAAACGUUAUGCUGUAUUCAAUUUUGAUGGCUCUGUAGCUGAAUUGAAAGGAUUUGAGAUUAAAAGACGUGGAGAAUUACAGCUGAUUAAAAUCUUCCAAUCACAAGUCUUUGAAGCUUUCUUACAAGGAAAUACUUUAGAAAAGUGCUACCAAUGUGUCGCAAAAGUCGCUAAUUACUGGCUGGAUGUCUUGUACAGUAAAGGUGCAAAUAUGCCUGAUUCUGAAUUGUUUGAAUUAAUUUCUGAGAAUCGAUCAAUGUCCAAGAAACUUGAAGAAUAUGGAGCACAAAAAUCCACAUCGAUUUCGACAGCAAAAAGAUUAGCAGAAUUCUUAGGUGAUCAAAUGGUAAAAGAUGCAGGCUUAGCAUGUAAAUAUAUCAUUAGUAGAAAGCCUGAAGGUGCUCCAGUUACAGAAAGAGCUAUUCCUUUAGCAAUUUUCCAAUCUGAAUCAGCUGUUCGUCGUUUUCACAUCCGUAAGUGGCUUAAAGACUCAACAAUUGAUGGCGAUGUAGAUAUUCGUGAUAUUCUCGAUUGGAAUUACUAUAUUGAACGAAUUGGCGGUACUAUACAGAAGAUUAUUACAAUUCCUGCUGCAUUACAAGGAGUUGCUAAUCCAGUUCCUCGUGUCCAACAUCCAGACUGGCUACAUAAAAAGAUUCUUGAGAAAAAUGAUGCAUUUAAACAGCGUCGAAUCAAUGAAAUGUUUAAAUCAGCACCAAAACCAGUAUCGAAAGUUCGUGACAUUGAAGAUUCUGUUGGCAGUUCCUCUCAUUCACCUCAUGUUCCAGUUGUGACUACAAGAAAGAGAACAAGAGCUGAAGAAAGUCCAGAAAUACAACCUAAAACAUGGCGUGAAGCUUUAGGAAGUCCACCAAGUAUGGGAACAACAAAAGAUGAGCUUGUUGAGUGGAUUAAGUUCCAAAAGAAAAAGUGGAAGUUCCAAUUAGAGCAAAGAAAGAAAUUACGUGGUGAUAAUAGCAAUAAAAGAACCAAACACGAUGAAGUUCCACUUGUUGAUUCCGUCCAAAAAGGUCCAAUGCAAAGUUUAGGUGGAUUCCUUAAAAGAACACAAAGAAAUUUGAUAGAAAUGACAUGGCAAAUUAUACAAAUUGUUCCAAUUGAUCAGGAUGGACAUUACAAUUUGUGGGCUAUUAUUGGCGAUGAUUUACAAAAGAUUAAGCUUGAAAUACCGAGAAUCUUUUAUGUCAAUCAACGAACGCCUGCACCGCCAUGUGAGGAUGAAAAUGAUAAAAUAUCAUGGAAGAAAGUUCAUCGAGUUUUGCCUCGAUCAAGGCCUUCAUAUCAUUUAUAUCAAUAUACAGUUCCUGAGAAAGUCUUUCGUGAUAAUGGACUAGGAAUGUUGGUGGAUUUAGCAGCUCCAGAUAUUGAAGGCAUUUAUGAGACACAAAUGAGUUUAGAAUUUAGAGCAUUAAUGCUUCUCGGAAGUUCUUGUGUGGUUCAACGUUCAGAAGCUAGAAAAAUUGCAAUGUCAGCGACUGGACAGCGUGAUACAUUUUCAUUAAAUCAGCUCGAACAGAAGCAACAAAUUCAAAUGCCAUAUCUCAAAAAUGGUGGAAACCUUAAGAAAAUCUUCCUUUAUCAACACACAAUCCCUUCUGCAAAGAAAAGCAUGUGGGGAUUGUUCCUUACACCAAUCAAUAAAGCUGUAAUUAUAGUACAUGACACAGUGCGAACAAAUCAGAUUCCAACUAUGAAAAAUUUGUAUGUUACUGAACGACAAGCUUACAUAACUGGAAAUGGUGAGGCUGAUGAUGAAAAAGUUCCACCCAAUGAUAUCCAGUUUGAAGUAUUUACUGAAAUUGAUUUAAAACAGGUUUAUCGUCACAUCCAGCGAGCACUAACAGGAUAUCAACAGGAAAAGAAAGGUCCCUCAAUAAUUUGUGUCCAAUCAGCAAUUCCAUUAACAACUCUUAAUCAACAUAUUCCAUCUUUAUUGGAUUUCCCACAAACUCAAAAUCACAUUAUUGAUGAUGCAUCGCUACUUGUUGGAUUAGAAUGGCAAAGAAACGGUGUCAAGUCAAUGGUUCGUCAUUAUUUGAAUCAUUUACAAGUAUUUGAUUUAAUGUUAGAACAAUGUCGAUACUUUAAUGUACCAAUUGGAAACAUGCCAUCAGAUACAGUUCUUUUUGGUGCUGAUUUGUUUUAUGCUCGACAUCUUCAAAAGCAUAAUUUUGUUUUGUGGUGGUCAGCAAGUCAUCGACCAGACUUGGGAGGUUCUGAAACUGAUGACAAUACUUUACUUAGUGAAUUUGAUGAUAAUCGAUUGAUUCAGCAGAAUAAAGCAGGAUUCUAUCCAAAUGUAUGUGUAGAAUUAACAAUUGACAGCUUGGCUGUGUCUGCUUUACUUCAAAGUCAUCGAAUUCAGGAAAUGGAAGGUGCAAAUGCAGCAAUAACAUUCGAUAAUAUUCCACAAGCAUCACUCAAUGACAUGAUUACAAAUCCAAAUUUACUGCAAAUGCUGCCAAGUUACGAUGAAACUGCUUUAUGUUCAGCACAAUUUCGUGUCAUGAGAUCUUUAGUUGGUGGAUGGCUGAGAGAAGUCACAAUGAAUAGAAAUGUUUACAGUGAUUUUCAAAUUGUUCAUUUCUAUCGUUGGAUUCGUUCGUCAAGCUCAUUACUUUAUGAUCCAGCAUUAAGACGAUCUUUAAAUACAUUGAUGAAAAAACUGUUCCUUCAAAUUAUCGCAGAAUUUAAAGUUCUUGGCGUUGAUGUCCUUUAUGCUGAUUUCACAAAAAUUAUUGUUCAUAGUGGCAAGAAAUCAAUUGUUGAUGGAAUCAGCUAUGCUGACUACAUUUGUCAAAGUAUCAGAAAUAAGGAGUUGUUCCAUUCUGUUCAUUUGUCUUAUCAGCAAUGCUGGAACUUUUUAUUGUGGAUGGAUGUUUUUAAUUUCUCAGGCUUGAAAGGAAAAGUGCCGAUGGAAUUGACUGGAGAAACUGAAAGCGAAAUUCUCGACGAAGACGAAGAAUUAUCACUGGAAAUGAAUUGGAAUAUUUGCGAAAUGCUACCUGAUGAGCAAAAUUGUCAAGAGAAGCUAGAGAGUUUCCUUACAGUGUAUAUUGAGCAGCUUGCAGACGGCGUUGAUCCAUCGAAGGCUAUAAAAAUGCUGUCUCAUCAUGCUUACGAUAUUGUCAUGAAAAUGCAUCAAAGUUCUGGAAGAUCACAAGACGGACCAGCGACUGAAUUCAUUAAAGCACUUUGUAAGAUUUUAGAGAUUGAUCCAACAGUAAAUGAGGAACUAGAUCAACUGAGAAAGAAUAUGUUGAGACUUGUUGGACUUGGAGAGUUCUCAGAUAAGGCAAUUUGGCAAGAAAAAGGAAAAUCGUACAUUUUAUCGGAAGUAAUUUGUCAGGCAUGCAAUCAUUGCCGUGAUUUGGAUUUAUUAAAGGAUAAACAUCGUGCAAUGAAAGAUGGAAUUCCAGUAUGGCUUUGUGCUCAAUGUUCAGUCAGUUAUGAUACAGAAGAUAUUGAAAGUCGAUUAAUUGAUGUCCUGAAUCGUAAAUUAAUGUCAUAUACUCUACAAGAUCUUCAAUGUACUAGAUGUAAGGAAAUUAAGCAAGAUAAUAUGUUGCAGUAUUGUCAAUGUGCUGGAAAUUAUGAGACAUUGAUUCAUCCAAGUGAGGUACAGAAACUUUUAAAGACCUUUAAUUAUGUCGCUGAUAAUUAUUCGAUGGUCCUUCUUAAAGAGUAUACAGAUACACUUUUAAACAAUAUUUAA